AAAAUCAAGUUUCCUUUACUUAUUUGUCUUGAAGCCAUGUUUUUAGUAUGUACAAUUACGAGAAUGCCAGAUAAAUCGCUGUAGAUUCCCAAAUUCCUAGUUCACUCAGAAAAUGCUCAUCCACAGCCUCCUUCUGCUCUUGGCAGCGCAAUUCCUAUCCGCAGUUGUGCCCACGUCUGAAAAUCACAUUGUCGGCGGAGAACGCAUUGAAAUCGACAAGGCUCCCUGGCAGGCGUCCUUGCGGCAUGAGGGAGUCCAUAUAUGUAGUGGCUCCAUAUACAGCAAGACGAUCAUUAUCACUGCUGCGCAUUGCCUCUGUUUUGAGAACGGUACAAAAUAUCGAAUUAAUAAUUUGUCAGUUAGUGUUGGAUCCACAGCAAGAUCAAACGGAACUGUUUUCCAAGUACAAGCCAAAAUUUCCUAUCCGAAUUAUACAAUAGAUUCGUCCGAAAAUGAUAUUGCCGUCCUACGAUUGGAAAAACCUCUCGUCCUUAGCGACACAGUGCAUCCAAUCGCUUUGGUCAACAAGCAUCCUGCUCCUGGAACCAUUGCCUCUGCCACGGGCUGGGGCGUUACUGGAUUUAACUCGGACUCGUCUUUCAUAGUUCCUGAAUUUCUGCAGGGCAUCAAUCUAGAAGUGCUAUCCCUUGAGUAUUGUGAGAACUUCUAUGAGGAUCCUGUUCCGGAAAAUAGCAUUUGCGCUAUGCCCGGAAUAUGCGACGGAGAUUCUGGAGCCCCUUUGGUCAUUGACCGAGAACUUGUGGGAGUUGUCUCAGCAAGUAAUAGUAAUUGCAAUGGUCCUUCGAUCUCUACUAGUGUGUUCUAUCUCAAAGAUUGGAUUCUACAAUCUAUAGAUGCUUUGAGUCAAUAGGUUUUAAUCGUUAAUGAA